UCACCUCGCAAGCGCCCGCUGAACUUAGGAAGCGAAAGCGCCAGUGAACUUUGAUCUCGGCGAUUGCCGGGGCUGUACAGUACCAGUCACUGUGGCUGUCACGCUCUCCCGCCAUUCCACGCAGGGCCGUAACAGCGACGAGCAGCUCAAGACCGACGCCGCCGCCCUCCUCAAUCCUCCCCAUACACUCGCCAGCAUGACGGAAUCCCUGCGUUAUCUCGGUUCGAUGGCCGGCCACAAGGGCUGGGUCACCGCCAUCGCCACUUCGUCCGAGAACCCGGACAUGAUCCUGACUGCGUCCCGCGAUAAGACCAUCAUCGUCUGGCAAUUGACGCGCGACGAGGACUCGUAUGGUUACCCUAAGCGCAUCCUCCACGGCCACGGCCAUUUCGUGUCUGACGUUGUCAUCUCGUCCGACGGCCAGUUCGCGCUUUCUUCCUCAUGGGACCACACCCUUCGCCUCUGGGAUCUCAAUACCGGUCUCACAACGCGCCGUUUUGUCGGCCACACCUCUGAUGUCCUCUCGGUCAGCUUCAGCGCUGACAACCGGCAGAUUGUCUCUGGCUCGCGCGACAAGACAAUCAAGCUCUGGAACACACUUGGAGAGUGCAAGUUUGACAUCAAGGAGGAUGGCCACACCGAGUGGGUAUCAUGCGUGCGCUUCAGCCCUAAUGUCUUGAACCCCGUCAUUGUCUCUUGCGGUUGGGACAAGGUGGUCAAGGUCUGGGAGCUCUCGAAAUUCAAGCUCAAGACCAACCACUACGGCCACACCGGCUACAUCAACACUGUCUCUGUUUCACCUGAUGGCUCAUUGGCCGCGUCCGGUGGAAAGGACGGCAUCACCAUGCUGUGGGACCUGAAUGAGGGCAAGCACCUCUACUCGCUAGAGGCAGGUGACAUUGUCAACGCCCUCGUCUUCUCCCCCAACCGAUACUGGCUCUGCGCGGCGACUGCGACAUGCAUCAAGAUCUUCGAUCUGGAGAGCAAGUCGAUCGUCGACGAGCUCAAGCCCGACUUUGCCCAGAGCGCACAUGCUCGAGAACCCGAGUGCGUGUCCAUCGCCUGGUCGGCGGACGGACAGACGCUGUUCGGCGGCUUCACGGACAACCUCGUCCGUGUGUGGACCGUCACCUCAUAACGCAUUCACCAGCCUCUCAAAAUGGUGUCAUUGCUGUGGGAGUCUUUGCCGCGAGAGUGGAAAGGGGGCUGUAUUGUACGU